CCCUAAGCAUUUACACAUUCUUGCUAAAACAACCAUUCCUGACAACUCAAGUAGGUUCCUAACAUUCCAAGUAAGGUCGUUUUUUUUUGUUUUUUCUCAAAUAGGUUGUAAUAAGUCCUGACCAAAAAUCUGUUCUUCUGUGAGCUGCUUCUUAAACUGAACGCGUAGCACCUUUAAAAGCAGUGAAAAAAUUUAUACAUGGUACUCCUUUCACAUCAGAAUGUGAAGAAACUUUGUUUCCUAGGUAUGCAAAGAAGCCUUUUCUUCCGGAUGUCCUCGGAGAGAAUAUGGAGCAGCCUGGAGUUCUCCUCUGGGUGAAAGCAGACCCCUUUAUAGUGGGUGCCUUGCAGACCCCCCCUCCCUCCAAGUUCAGUCUUCACUAUCUCAGGAAGAUAUCCAGCUACGUGCGGACCCGCGCGGCCGAGGGGGCGUACCCCCGCCUCUCCUGGUCCACGUGGAGGCGCAUUGCCUGUGGGAAGCUGCAGCUGCCCAAGGAGCUGGCGUGGCUGUACUUUGAAAUAUUUGAUGGUCUUGUGGUGAAGACACCCGAAGAGCGCCUGGAGUGGUCUGAGCUUCUGUCCAACUGUACGUCUGAGGAUGAGAUUGAAAAGCAGAGAAGUCAGAAUUGGAAUGAUUACGGUCAUCAAGCUUUUGUCUGUUCUCAUCUGUCAGAUCUUCUUGAGCUGCUUUUAGAUCCAGAACAACUCACUGCAUCAUUUCAUUCAUCCCAUGUCAGUCUAGUCUCUCCAGAAGCUGUUGUUGCACUCAGCUUUCUAAUUGAAGGUACAGUAAGCGGAGCCAGGAAAAUCUAUCCACUUCAUGAACUUGCACUGUGGCAGCCACUGCAUGUGGAAAGUGGCUUCUCAAAAAUCUCUAAGACUUUCUCUCUCUACAAGCUGGAAGCCUGGUUGAGAACCUGUUUGACUGAGAAUCCAUUUGGUACAUCUGCUUGCCUCAAGUCUGGAAAAAAAUUGGCUUGGGAUCACCAAGUUGACGGUACAGCCAAGAGAGCCAAGAUCACUUGCAAUACUCAUGUGGCCCCAAGAAGACACCGCAUUGUGGUGAUGAGUCAGGUUUACAAGCAGACAUUGGCCAAGAGCUCAGAUACCCUGGUGGGGGCACAUGUGAGGAUUCACCGUUGCAAUGAAUCUUUUAUAUAUCUGCUUUCUCCCUUACGCUCUGUGACAGUUGAGAAGUGCAGGAAUAGCACCUUGGUCUUGGGCCCUGUGGAGACCACACUUCACCUCCACAGCUGUGACAAUGUUAAAGUCAUUGCUGUGUGCCGUCGUUUUUCCAUCUCUUCUACAGCAGGUUGCAUCUUUCACAUUCUGACACCUACACGCCCACUUAUUCUCUCUGGAAACCAGGGAGCAACAUUUGCCCCCUUUCAUACUCAUUACCCAAUGCUAGAGGACCAUAUGGCCAAGGCUGGCCUUGCUACAGUGCCUAACUAUUGGGAUAAUCCAAUGGUUGUGUGCAGAGAGAACAUUGACACAAAUGCUUUCCGCCUUUUACCGCCGUCUGAAUUCUAUGUAUUUAUUACGCCCUUUGAAAUGGAAGGGGACACAACAGAGAUACCUGGGGGUCUCCCAUCUGCAUAUCAGAAAGCACUGAGCCAAAGAGAGCAGAAGAUACAAAUCUGGCAGAAGACUGUAAAGGAGGCUCAUUUGACAAAGGAGCAGAGGAAGCAGUUCCAGGUGCUUGUGGAGAACAAGUUUUAUGAGUGGCUGGUUAGUACGGGACAUCGCCAGCAGCUGGACAGCCUCGUGCCCCCUGCGGUCGCCUCCAAACAAGCGGCAGGAUAGAACUCCAGCCUCGGCACUGGGGCCUGGAGGCACGAGAGUGAGUGGAGGACGGUGCGCAUCUGACAGCUGAGUAGGGAAGAUGUUUUUCCUGCUUCAGAGACUUGCAAGGAUUCUUCUUUUUUUUUUUUUUUCCCUUUUAAAUCUUUUUCUUAUUUCCAUUCUAUUCAAUUGCUACUGUUUAGGUUGAAUUUUAGCUUUUUUUUGAUUUUUCUUAUAAACAAAUUAUUUAUAGAACAUUGAAACACUCCUUGUCAUGAUGCUAAAUUGAAGAAGUUAGUGAAGGUAGCCCUAUUGUGUAUAUGUUAGUGUUAAGGUAAUGUUGAUUUAUAUAUGUAUUAUAUUUUAAUUUGUAUUAUGAAAGGGUUUCUUCCUUGGUGGAGUUUAAAAAAGGUUUUAUAGUUUUUUAUUACUAUUUAUAAAAGGAACUUAGUAUCCUCUGAAAAACACUUGUAAUGAGGGUAUGAUUUGUUAUCAUACAUGUAGCAGAUACUUUGAUAGGAAGAUAUUUUAAAGCAUAAGACAGUGGGAUUGCAUAAAGAUCUUUAGUUUUCACAUCUAGCUUUAAUUUUCAAUAAACUCAAAAAAGUAUUUUUCUUAAUAAAAUAUAGAUUUUUAAUUUU